GAGCUUUUAUCAUAAACAUAAAAAUGCGUCUUGGACUUGCUUAAGUAGUCCUAUUUUGAGUACCUAUUAGCCUACUUUUGUUGUCGUUCACGAGGGAGGGAUUUCUCACGCUUUUGAUAUGGCUACAACAUUUCUUUAUUCCAUACAUAGAACGGCAUGUCGUUCGAGACAAUACUUUAUUUCUCAAUCCAAUAGGAUUAAUAACGCCAUGGACUCACACCUGGCUUUCCACCGCAAUACUUCACUAGUUCCGUUAAGUUUUCUUUCGCAAGCUAAAUGGUCUACCAAAGGUGCUGGAGUAAAAUACACGUCAUACUGGACAGCAGGGAAAAGCACUGCGGGUCGAUCCAGAAGAGGUGCCCUGUUGCUGGCCGGAGCAGCUGCAGCGGUCGCAGGGUUUGUGGCCAGUGUCUGCCACUUUCAGCGGGCUGAAAUGGCAUCAAGGAUCCCCAAGACCGACGAGGAAGAAAAGGAUAUUGCAGAGAAAUGCAAGGCCUUCAUGUCGCCACCAGUAACCGAUAUCAAGGUGCUGCAGCAGAGGAGAGGGGAGAUGUGCACAAGGAUGGAAAUGUUGAUCAUGGAGACGCAAGCGGAGUUCUGCAAAGUUCUCGAGAAGGUGGAUGGCGGCACGUUCAAAGUGGACCGAUGGGAACGAAAAGAGGGUGGAGGAGGGAUCAGCUGUGUCCUUCAGGAUGGAAAGGUGUUUGAGAAGGCUGGCGUCAACGUGUCAGUGGUGUUUGGUAAUCUAACUGAAGAGGCGGCCAAGCAGAUGCGCAGCAGAGGGAAGGUCCUUAAGGGGAAAAAUGGGAAGCUGCCAUUCUGCGCCAUGGGUGUGAGCUCCGUCAUCCACCCCAAGAACCCCCACAUCCCCACAGUGCACUUCAACUAUCGAUAUUUCGAGAUUGAGGAAGAAGACGGCUCCAAACAGUGGUGGUUUGGUGGAGGCACGGACCUGACUCCUAUGUAUGUCAGUGACGAAGACGCAGCAAUCUUCCACAGAACUCUGAAAGGGGCUUGUGACAAGCACCAUCCCCAGUAUUACCCAAACUUCAAGAAAUGGUGUGACAGAUAUUUCUACAUCCGCCAUCGAGGGGAGACCCGGGGCAUUGGAGGGAUUUUCUUUGACGACCUGGACUCCCCCAGCCAAGAGGAGGCCUUUAGCUUUGUGAGAAGCUGCGCCCAAACUGUGGUGCCCUGUUAUCUCCCUAUCGUAUGGAAACACCUCAACGACCCUUUCACCCCGGAGCAGAAGGCCUGGCAGCAGGUGAGGAGAGGCAGGUACGUGGAGUUCAACCUGGUGUAUGAUAGAGGGGUGAAGUUUGGAUUGGCCACCCCAGGCUCCAGGAUUGAGAGUAUCCUCAUGUCCCUGCCCCUCACAGCUAGAUGGGAGUAUAUGCAUGAACCAGCCAAAGGCACCCAGGAGGCAAAGAUGUUGGAGGUGUUACGAAACCCAAAGGAGUGGGUGUGAAUGAAGGCGUUGACUUGUUGAGUCAACCGUGGGCACAUUGUGCUGACUCUAUGAAAUGGGUCUCAAUGAUGCUGAAACUUCAUGACCGGAAUCAAAAUGAGCACUAUUAUUUUUUUUGUUACUUGAAAUCAUUUUAGCCAAUCAAAUGCAGCAAUUUGAACCGAACUAACAAUAAGAGGUCCUCUCAAUCACUAAAGCUUUUUUCUUAAUGCUUGUCAAAUUAUUGUAUUGGCAUGACACUUUGUGGUUGAUACUGAUGAGAUUCUUCCACCUUACCUAACUGUGCCAUUAUUUAGGGGCAAAUUGUCUUUUUUUUUGCCAAAAAAACCCGAAGACAUGUCUUAGUAAGAUGACGCAGUUAGAUCUUGCAGACCAGCUCUGAUCUCCAACAGAGAAAUGAAAGGGAAAACCGCUUACGAUCACUUUAUAUACUAUUUAUGUUUGGAGAAAAGUUUCCCCAAAAAUCACAAUCAUUUUAUAAAUGUGGUAAUUAUUGAAAUAUUUACAUUUAGUCAUUUAGCAGACGCUCUUAUCCAGAGCGACUUACAGUAAGUUCAGGGACAUUCCCCCCCGAGGCAAGUCGGAUGAAGUGCCUUGCCCAAGGACACAAUGUCAUUUUGCACAGCCGGGAAUUGAACUAGCAACCUUCAGAUUACUAGCCCGAUUCCCUCACCGCUCAGCCACCUGACUCACCUAUUUCCACAAAUAAAAUGUAUUACUUGAUUGAAAAUGUUGUACAGAAAGAUUUAUGCAAUGUAUAAAAUUGCUGUGGUUUUGUAAUUAGUUGAUGUAUACGCUGUAUACACCAUAUCACAGCGUAGUUUAACCAGUUUAGGAAGAAUCUGAGUUACAGCUACAGUGCAUCCGGAAAGUAUUCAUGGUGCUUCACUUUUUCCACGUUAUGUUACAGCCAUAUUCCAAAAUUGAUUAAAUUAAAUUGUGUCCCAAAAUUCUACACACAAUACCCCAUAAUAAUAAUUUGAGAAAGGUAAUAAAAGUUGUCUAUAAAAAAGAGAAAAAAAUCACAUAACAUAAGUAUUCACAGCUUUUGCCAUGACACAAAAUUGAGCUCAUUGCAUCCUGUUUCCACUUAUCCUUGAGACGUUUCUACAACUUGAUUAAGUUCUACCUGUGAAAUUCAGUUGAUUGGACAUUAACUGGAGAGGAACACACCUGUCUAUAUAAGGUCCCACAGCUGACAGUGCAUGUCAGAGCACAAACCAAGCCAUGAAGUCCAAGGAAUUGUCUUAGGACCUCUAAGACAGGAUUGUAUCGAGACACAGAUCUGGGGAAAGGUACAGAAAAAUGUCUGCAGCAUUGAAGGUUCCAAUGAGCACAGUGGCUUCCAUAUUCCAUAAAUGAAAGAAGUUUGGAACCACCAGAACUUCUUAGAGUGGGCUGCCCGGCCAAAUUCAGCAAUUAGGGGAGAAGGGCCUUGGUCAGGGAGUGACCCCUGGUGAGUGAUGGUCACUCUAACAGAACUCCAGCGUUGCUCUGUGAAGAGAGAACCUUCCAGAACAACAACCAUCUCUGCAGCACUCCACCAAUCGGGCCUGUAUGAUUGAGUGGCCAGAUGGAAGCCACUCCUCAGAAAAAGGCACAUGACAGCCUGCCUAGAGUUUGCCAAAAGGCACCUGUAGGACUCUCGGACUAUGAGAAACAAAAUGAUCUUAUCUGAUGAAACAAAGAUUUAACUCUUUGGCCUGAAUGCCAAGUGUCAUGUCUGGAGGAAACCAGCCACUGCUCAUCGCCUGACAAAUACCAUCCCUACAGUGAACCAUGGUGGUGGCAGCAUCAUGCUGUGGGAAUGUUUUUCAGCGGCAGGAACUGGGAGACUGGUCAGGACCGAGGGAGAGAUGAAUACAGCAAUGUACAGAGACAUCUUGAUGACCUGUUCCAGAGCGCUCUGGAUCUGAUUGGGCAAAAGUUCAUCCUUCAACAGGACAACAACAUGUACAUUGUUAUAUUGAUGCAAACCUAUAAAAAAAAAGUAUUCCACUUUGUCAUUAUGGAAUAUAAUUGAGGAAAAAUAUGAAUAUAAUCCCUUUUGGAAUACGUGUAACAAUGUGGAAAAAGUGAAUUGCUGUGAAUACUUUCUGGAUGCACUGUAUUCCUUUAUCCAAUUGUUACACAUUACUUUUUUGCAAAUUAAUUCAAGCAUAGCACAUUCAAAUAUGUAACAUUUAUUUAUACUUCUGUUAAGUGUUUAAUAAUCCUCUACAUUUCACAUUUGUCAUUUUUUGAUAAGGCAUUGUAAAAUACAAAAGUAAAGGUACAAUAUCUGACCUCAACUAGCAUCUCCCAGUAAAGGUCAUGGCAUAGGACUGAGGUCCACAGAUCAACAUAAAACAUCAGUGCUUUGUAGUGUACAGAAUAUAAACUCAGAUUUAUAAAUAUUAUUAAAUGCAUUUCAGGCAGAUAUUUGGGCGAGCAGUACUUUUAGUUAAGUGGCUGCUGCAUACUCAAGAGUAUAAAGUUAUCUGUUGAUAUAGGAGGUUGAGUUAUUGCCGAGUAAGUGGUGCUAGUUGCACCAGAACAGGUUGCCUUAGUGUUUGUAAAAAAAAAAAAAAAAGAAAAAGGCUUGGUUUACACCUGACCAGAAAGUGCCUUCAUUCACCACACAUUC